GUGUUGUUUUCUACAUCCUGCGUAAUAGCUCACCCACCACAUACCUUGGAGAUGCAUGGCAGGCUAGAGGCGCAGCCGGCACGGUCAGUGCUGCACCUGCGUGCAACUCAGCUGUUUGACGCGCUUGACGUGCUGCACCAGGGCUGGUUGGAGCUGCGUUGGGCCACAGAUGCACUGGCAUCAUUCAAGCUCCCCAAGAAGGAGCAUGAAAGAAUGGCGAUGCUUCUAGAGCGUGCUGCUCAUGCAGGAGGUUGUGGAAGUUCAGACCAACGACAUGUCACUCGGAAGAGCUUUCUGAAGGAAGUUGCUGCAGAAAGAUCUCAAUCUUGCUCCCUGAGUGUUGGGCGGUUUGAAAGCAAGAGUUCUUGCGAUCAGGAAUCCCGAACUUGGAAUUGGCCAAGAGCAAAGGCAGAUGAUUCAUGCGCAUACGUUUGCUCCCCGCCUGCUUCUUCGCGACCCGUGUCUCCGUUGUCGCAGGCCGCCUCACUUCGCUCAAGCCCAGAGGUGAGCUUGUCUCCUUCGCCUCCGUCCAAUCGAUGGGGUGAGAAAGGCCCACGCACCCCUGCACGCUGUUAUCCGGUAGGGCCAGCAGGAGAGGGCUGCAGAGCGGCGGGAGGCCCAGGCGCCCCUGCACGCUGCUAUCCGGUAGGGUGGGGCAUAUCUCGGGGCUGUGCUGCCGCUAAGCCAGCAAGAUCUCUGACACCAAACUCAUGGAAGGCUCUUGCGAGACGAGCUGAGCGGGAAGGCCGGGCUCAAGCUGCAGCGGAAAUUGCACUGCUUCGCAUGAAUGUUGGGCUUCCAGCGUCACGCCAGGAGGCUCAAGCGCAACCUGAAAGACCUUUGCUGAACAGUUUACACGGUGUCCAGGUCGUUCCACCGGUGGAUCCGUCGCUUAGCUCCAUCUCAACUUCUGCAGGCUCACCACAGUCUUCACCACGAAUGGAUCGGGAACGCUCCAAGCCACGUACACCGCGAAGAUGUCAGAAGGAUAGGACUCCAUCACCUCGUCAGCCUUUACGAUUGGAUAAGGACACUACAAGGGAAAAGAGCAACUGGUCACCUUGCAAGUGGCCACCAUCCUCGAGAUGGCCUUCUACCCAACUGCCACAGAAUGUAAACAACUGGCCUCUUGCAAAAGGCGACAAGCCAACAGGACUGGAGACGUGGACGCAUCUCCUUUUCAGCACUGGUCUCCGGUGCUCUCCUUCUGAGACUCCAUAUGCUUGUGGUAAAUGUGGAACUAGGACUGAAACCUGGCACCUGGAGGAUAGACCUAUCUCUCCGCGCUUGGGUCGUGCGCCAAUCCGAAGCCUGACUCCACGCUUGAGAGAACGAAAGCAACAUGAAGCAGAAGCGAAGCUUCGAGCACGUGAAGUUCGACCCCGAAGCCCGAGAGCUCGAAGUGCAAGCCCGAGAGGCCCAAGAGGCCCGAGAGGCCGACACGUGCAGCGAUCCUUAAGCUCCAGUGUAAGUGCUACUGGUGCAAAGCACAGGGCGAAAGGACGAGAACAUGCAAUGCCUCCAAAGAGCUCAAAGCCAAGCCCAGCAGACUUGGCACGACUCCAGCAGGAACUCAAGGCUCAGAUUGCAUUGGUGAAUCGGGCCUUAGAUGGGGCAUCAGCACCUUUGGCUGCCAAGCGCAAGCCUACACGGCAGCUGAGAGAGCAAAAGCCAGAACCGCCCAGUUUCCGGUUUUAAAACUCGGUACCAUCGUAGAUGCGUCGCAAAGUUUACUAACUCUUACAUUGAGGUAUUGCAGCCUUGCAGAGACAGGAGCCUAAAGUUGGCUGUGCGAAAGGCCAGCAUAAUUCAGGCUGCCGAGCUCUUGCAGUUUGCAAGGACAUUUGCCACUGCCGGUUGUUGAGUAGUGAGUCAUGUCUUUGUUGGCCGCUGAGUCAUUGCUUGGCUCAUGUUGGCUCAGAUUUUGACCAACCAAAGGUGGAUCGCUUCCUAGUCAGUCGACA